AUGAGAAGAAUCAGAAAUAUCGAGUUUUUUAUAAAGGGGAAUAUAUUUUUAAAGAAAAAUGAAUUCAACAAAAUAUGUAAAAGAACAUUUGGAGGAACGUUUAAUCAUAACAUAAAAGAAAAUGAUCGAGUCCCACCAGCUUCGGAAAAUCCAAGUUACAAAAAUUUAUUUGACCAUGCAGAAGAUAUAAAAUUAUGGGAAAUAGAAGAGAAGGAAAACAUUAGUCACAAGAAGGUAGAAGAUUUAUCUGAGUUGGUUGAACCAUCCAAUCAUCCACAUCAGUAUGAAGGUAUAUUUGUAAGAACAAGGUAUGCGCAUUAUAAUCAAACAGCUGAACCUGUGUUUCCAAGAAAACCAGAUUUAGAAAAAGGUGAACUAGCUAGUGGUGCAAAUGUAACAAGAACAGAUGUAUGGAAUAACCCAAAUGAACCCGCCGUUGUCUCAGUUGGUAAAUUUGAACCGCAUAAUUUUAGACCAGCUGGUUAUGCAGAAAAUACACCGAAUCCAGAUAGCAUAAACUCAGAUUAUCACCCAGACUUUAGAGAAUAUAGAUUGAGAAGUGGAAAUGCUGAUAGGAGAACUUUUAUGUAUUUUAUAAGUGCAUCAUAUUUUUUUAUUAUGUCAUCAAUUAUGAGAUCUACUAUAUGUAAAUCAGUACAUUUCUUUUGGAUUUCAAAAGAUUUAGUCGCAGAAGGGACGACAGAAUUAGAUAUGAGAACUGUAAGUCCAGGGGAACAUGUUGUAAUUAAAUGGAGAGGUAAGCCAAUUUUUGUAAAACAUAGAACCCAAGAAGAUAUUCAAAGAGCUAGAGAGGAUGAUAAAUUGGUGGAAACUAUGAGAGAUCCACAAUUAGAUUCAGAUCGAACCAUUAGACCUGAAUGGCUAGUUAAUAUAGGAGUAUGUACACAUUUAGGUUGUAUACCGGCACCUGGGGGAAAUUACAGUGGCUACUUUUGCCCUUGUCAUGGUUCCCAUUAUGAUAAUUCUGGUAGAGUUCGACAGGGUCCAGCUCCUUCCAAUUUGGAGGUCCCCCCCUACGAAUUUAUUGACGAAAAUACCAUCAAAAUUGGUUAA